AUGGGAUUGGUCAACAAGUGUCAACAAGUGUCAACAAGUGAGGGACGCUGGAUCCAGCCCCGGUCUGACUCCAGACCACCAGAUUCGAGCCUUCCUGUUCUUGUACCACCACCAUCUCCUUCCCCAAUGGCACUCUCACUUGCCCGCAUGCACCCCUCAAUGCGCAUUCCAUGUCUCUCCUCGACCGUCAUCACCCGAAGAGCCAUGAUGUCUGCCCUCCGCACGGGGGCCAUAAACCAUCCAGCGCUUCCGAACUCUCCUCCGCCAACUAUACCGGCGGAAUCGACAGCAAUGUCGGCCGAUGCGGCUGCACCACAAACAGCAGCACCUCCCCCACCUGUUCCUAGAGCCGAGAAGCCCCGGCCGACGAUUCGUGCAACCAAGGCUGCCCUUACGAUCACACCCGGUGCUGUCCAAAGACUACGGAACCUCCUCAGUGGCCCAACACCCCAACUAAUCCGGAUUGGUGUGCGGAACAAGGGGUGUGCAGGCCUCUCGUACCACCUCGAAUACGUCGAGAAACCCGGAAAAUUCGACGAGGUCGUCUCACAGGAUGGCGUUCGAGUGCUAAUAGACUCCAAGGCACUCUUCUCGAUAAUUGGGAGUGAGAUGGACUGGAAGGAGGACCCGCUCAGUUCAAAAUUUGUUUUCAAGAACCCUAAUAUCAAGGAUGCUUGCGGAUGCGGGGAAUCCUUCAACGUUGCUUCAUAA